ACCUGGCGGGCUCAACCUGUGUUCACUGUGGCAAACAUUUCCCUCUGAGUCCGAACGGGGUGAUAUUACCUUCGUCCAAAAGACUUCUUUCCCAAAGCUGUAGCUGUCAAAUAAAGGUGUCUCAGUCUCAGAAAGAAAGCUCUCUCAAUAACAUGGCUGAUGUCAGCCAGAACAGCUCCUUUAAUCGAAGCUCAGAACAUGAAAACUUCUCCAGGCCUCAGACCGUGUUCAGCGUCUUGACGUUUACCCUGCUCGCCAUGCUUGUGGUCGCCACGUUUAUUUGGAACAUGCUUGUCCUGGUCACCAUUCUCAGAGUCAGAACAUUUCACCGCGUGCCCCACAAUUUGGUGGCCUCCAUGGCCAUAUCUGAUGUUAUGGUGGCUGCUCUGGUGAUGCCUCUCAGUCUGGUCCAUGAGCUCAACGGUCGGCGCUGGAAGCUGGGCCGGGCUCUGUGCCAGGUCUGGAUAUCUUUCGACGUCCUUUGCUGUACGGCCAGCAUUUGGAACGUGACUGCAAUAGCCCUUGACCGUUACUGGUCCAUAACACGGCACCUGGAGUAUACCCUGAAGACCCGCAAGAGGAUCUCCAAUGUGAUGAUCGGCCUGACUUGGCUGCUCUCUUCCGUUAUCUCCCUCUCCCCGCUGUUUGGCUGGGGUGAGACGUAUUCGGAAGAGGACAUGGAGUGCCAGGUGAGCCAGGAGCCAUCUUACACCGUCUUUUCCACAUUUGGGGCCUUCUACCUGCCUCUUUGUGUUGUUCUGUUUGUCUACUGGAAGAUCUACAAAGCUGCUAAGUUCCGUAUUGGAUCGAAGAAGACCAACUCCAUCACUCCAGUUGCAGAGGCUGGAGAGGUAAAAGAGGCCUCUAGACAACAGCCUCAGAUGGUGUUCACAGUGCGUCACGCCACGGUGACUUUCCAGACCGACAGUGAGACGUGGCGAGAACAGAAAGAGAAACGAGCGGCUCUGAUGGUGGGUAUCCUCAUCGGAGUGUUCGUCCUCUGCUGGAUCCCCUUCUUUCUCACCGAGCUCAUCACGCCGCUGUGCUCCUGCAACAUACCACCAAUAUGGAAGAGCGUCUUUCUCUGGCUGGGUUACUCCAACUCAUUCUUCAACCCUCUCAUUUACACAGCCUUCAACAAGAACUACAAUAACGCGUUCAGGAAUCUCUUCUCGCGACAGCGCUAAGCCCUGCCACUUGAGAGAUAGCAGACGGCUCGGCUUCAUCACAGAUGCCAUUUAAAACCACCCUUAGGAUUUGGGAAGUGUGGUUAUCGGAACGCUUCAGUAAUGAAAGGUUCACACAGACAAAACACAAAGGCAUUGAAGAAACCAUGACUGACUAUUUUAUUGGAAAGUGAAAGGGAUGAUUUGAUCUGAGUUUUCAAAAUGUCAAUCUGUCCGCUGCAUUAAAUGAUAAUGCCAACAGCUUAUGCACUUUAGGCGGUUGGUUUACAUCAGUUUAUAUUUGUCAUCUGAGGUUUGUCUUAUCUGAAUGUAUUUUAAUUGUUUAUGUCGCUUCCUUAGUAGCCUAAAUGGUCAAAUGACUUUAAAGCAUGUUACAUUAAUGAACCAUAUUAUUAAGAGUUUGAUAUAUUUAUAUAAAGAGAGAAAGGGAAGGGGAGACAGGAGUUAAUGUUAUAGUUUUUUUUGGCUUUUAGUGUGAAUAGUGUGAACUCCAUUGGGUCUUUAAACUGAAAUCAAAAAUUGCUUAGAAAUGAUAGAGCAGGUCACAGUAUCAAAUUAAUUUAUGAAUUAGUUCACAUAAUUACACGUUUUGUGUGUUUUGUUUAUCACUAUAGUUCUUUAAAAUUUUAAAUUAAGUGGAAGUUUGACCUUUAUUAGGAGAGAAAACACCACAAAAGAACCAGUGUCACUGGUACUUGCUGUAUUUUAGAUGACAGCUUUUUGGCAAUAUUGUUUAGGGCGUUUUACUAGUAGCCCUGUUUUGGAAUGUGAUGACAAUUUGAGGAGCAUAUGCAAAGUGUGUUUCAUGUCGGCUAUCAUUUUGCACACAUUCAACCUAUUAAAUAUGUUGUUCAUGCUCGAUCAUUAUGAUCAUGAUUGUUCCUCAUUAAAAUGCAGACAGACAAA